UUCAACUUUUAUCAAUUGUACUUCCAUGGCUGCUGUUUUUAGGAGUUUGUUGAACCCGAAUGCACCCGAAUAUAUCCCUAUUUCCACUCCACCACCGCUUCCUCCUCAUCGUACCGUCGAUUCACUGCCGCAGGAGAGUGUCCGAUCACGCCUUGGUCCGAAUAUUCCUCCUAGGUUGAGAAACGAUUAUUUCGCUAGAAGAGGAGGAGGAAGAGGUUUUUCUCGAUCGAGUAACGAAAACAGAGGUGUGUUUGGAAGAGGAAAUACUGAGGGACGUUUAGUUUGGCGGAGAAAAGUGGUAAAUCAUGACCAGAGACCAAGUGUUUGUUAUAAUGAGCUGAAGAAACACGAUGUGAUACCUAUAAGUUGGACUCGUAAGAACAACAAUACAACUAUCAUGAUCAAGAAUAUCCCAUAUCACUACAACCGUGAAAUGUUGAUGCAAUUUCUGGACGAGCACUGCUACCUGGAGAAUCAAAAGACUAGAGAUUCAAAUGGAGAAAAUAUUCAUGUCUUUGCUUAUGAUUUCUUGUAUUUGCCUAUGGAUUUCAAAAAGAAGAGGAGCAAAGGCUAUGCAUUCGUGAAUUUCACCGAUCAGAGAAGUGUGUGGAAUUUCUUUUAUGCUUUCAAUGACAAACUAAACGUGUUUCCGGGAUCUACAAGGAGUGUUAAGAUCGUCACUGCAAAGAUCCAGGGAAAAGAAGCUUUGGUGAACCGAUUCAAGCAAACAAGAUUUGAGUGUGAAUCAGAAGGAUUUCUGCCAGUUUGGUUUAGUCCAGCAAGAGAUGGUUCUGGGGAAUCGGUGCAAAUGAUUCCUGUGGGGCAAUUCAAAGUCACUAGAAACCCUAACUAGUAGGGUUUAUUAUAGCUUAGCUUUAUAUGGAGUAAAAAGAAAUCGAGGGGUGGAAUACUGACACCUGAAAAAUCUCCCUGAUGAUCCGAUCGAUCGACAGAGUAGCAGGUGAUGGGGUCCACCCUUUGUUGUUGUUGUUGAUCGAGUUAGCCAUUAGCAGGACUAUUAAUGACAUUAAAGUUACUCUUGCCAUUUUUAUUGAGUUGUAG